AUGAGCAGCAACAGCAAAUGGGAUUAUGCAAAUGUGAUGACCUAUUGGCCGGGUCUUCUUGAAGCUGUAGGCUUGAGCCGAUUCGGGCGAUACGAUGUCAACUUUAUAGACGCCCCAGACUCCUCUCGAGGCAUACAACUUCCCGUGCCCUAUGCCACAAAGCCGGGGCUCAAUGGAGGGACGGCGAUUCCGCUGCCGGCCACGGUCAUGGUCACCCGGCGGUGUCCCCCGGAUAAGGUUCGACCGCUGCCACCGACACCGAACCAGCAGACGGGACUCUCGCCAGGCCUCCAGAAGCACACGCUCACAAGUGUGGGUGGCCUGGGAAGUGGGCUGGCUAUGGCCGGAAAUGGCGGAAGCCCCCUGGAUGGUAACAGCCUCUCCGGGAGUCCCCAACAUCAUCAUAAUGGAGGAACGACGACGACGACGACGGGGACGCUGAUGUCUAGCAACUCGAAUGCCACCACGACGGCCAUCAUCACGCAGAUUCCGAAGGGCGGCGUUGGAAGCAGUCUUCGUCAGCCACAGGCCACUACGAUUGGCAAAAUCCCGUCCAGUCCGUACUCGGUGACGACUAGCAGCAGCAACAACAAUAACAAUCACAACAACAAUAAUGUCACGCUGAUUCCGAAUGGGAAUGUUGUUGGCUCCGGGAUUCCGAAUUCGAAUGGCGGUGGUGGCCAUCAUCAGAAGCAGUCCAUGCUGGACAAGUUGAAGCUGUUCAACAGCAGCAAGGAAAAACACCAGGACAAAACUGCCAAGUCAACCAUUUCCAAGAGGACGAGUUCGAGCAGCGGAUUUUCCUCAGCCCGGAGCGAGCGAAGUGAUUCGAGCUUGAGUUUGAAUGAUGGCAUUUCCCCGGGGAUGGUCGUUUCAAGUGGGAAGAUUAAGGAGUCUUCCCGAAAGAGUGAAGCAUUGGUUGGGGUGAAGAGUUCUUCAAAGUCCUCGAAGGUUAUUUCUUCCAAGUCCGGUGGAGGAUCGGCAAAGAUAUCAUCCAAGUUGGCCAAAAAGGACCAACAGCAGAUCGAAACGCACAUUCCGAUUACGCCAAAGUCGCACAAAAUUCCGACAGCCAUGACGAUAUCGACGGGUAAUGGUCCGGUCCCGAAGAACGACGCCAAGCUGAAACCGGCCCCUGUGGGAGGCGCCCAUUCGCAAUUGCAAUCGGGUGGCAAAAAACUUGAGACCAAAUCCGAAAGUAAAACUAGUUUGCUGUCGCAACAACAGCAACAGCUGCUGCAGCAACAGCAACAAAUGCAGCCUCCAAAAACGAUGAUCGCCCAGCCAACCGUAGUAGGCACUGGGAUUCCGAAACCGAUGGCUGCUGUCAAGGGAACCAGCAAACCAUCAUCGCAACUUCUAGCCCAGCAACCCUCGAAGGAAGAACUAUCCAAGAUGGCCGUUGUAGGGCUUCAGCAACAACAGCACAAUGGCCUGGUGUCCGCGGCCUCGACCAACAACAUAUCAAACAACAACGUGCUGGGAAGUCCCCUGAAGCAACAGCCGUUGUUGCCGAACUGCAUGACCGAUAGCAUGCACUCGAACUCGACUCAGGGAGCCUCGAUGGGUCAGCACUCGAACUCGAGCGAAUCCGGAAGCAGUGUGAUGGCCUAUCGGCCGAGUGGUUCCGACAGUGGAAGUUCCGAACAGCAGCUAUCAUCGCCGCAGAAACCUGCCACUUCGUUUCUGUACAGUGACGUCAAUUUGAACACUGCCAAUAAUCUUAACAAUAACAAUAACAACAACAAAUUCAACACGGUUCCAACCAACAAAAUCCUCAACACGGACACAAUCUACGAACAGCAGCAGCAGCAGCAGGUGCAAAGUCAGGAGGACAAGCAAAUGACAACGGUGGUCCCGAUGAGGCCACUUCUCCGAGGGUACAACAGCCACGUGACGCUACCGACCCGGGGGAAUAGAGGACACCACCACUAUCUGGCGGCUGAGUAUUGUGAGGACCUCGGAGGCCCCGGGGGAGGUUACUGUAGCGAUGGGGAUGCGUUGAGGAAAAUUCACCCGGCCCGGUACUCGGACUCGAUGGACAAUGGGUAUCUGUCGGAGGGCGGGGGCGGAGGAGGGGUCAGCACAGCGGGUUUGAUCACCCGGCAACAGUACAUCAGCGCCCUCAGGAACCGGACCCCGCUGCCUACUACGAUCGAAGAACGGCAGGUGCAACCAGUGGCUAGCAUGAACAAAGCAGUCAGGCAAUCCAUGAGUCAUACACAAAUUUCACCGGAAAUUCAUAUCCCACACCCACAGCAAUCGAAGUUGGCCGAGUUGCGAAACCAAACGCACCCCCGACCAACAAUCCAAGUAGCCCGUCGAUGUCGAAAGAAAAUGAAACAAGAAAAACAGGUUGUGGUGUGA